AUGUUCAGCGGCGGUGCGUCGGACGGGGAAGACGAUGAGUGGGAGGCUUGGGACGGCCUUCCCGAUCCUCUCGCUUUGACGCGCGGUGAAUCUGCAGGCGUAUUAAGAACGGGGAAGAAUGGGUGGGAUCAUGCGAUUCGUGUCGCAGACGAGGAGGAGGAAUGGGAGGAUUACGAGUGGGAAGAAUGGGAGGAGCGGGAGGAGCGGGAGAGAGAUGCGAAGAUCGUUCACGGCAAGGCAUGGGAGCGUAUGGAGGAAAGAUCGCUUGACUCUGACGAGAAUCUUCGAAGAAAGGGGAAGGAGUUGGAUGAUUGCGAGGAGGCUGCGGGGGGGAAAGGAGAACGCGGAAACGUCUGGGGGAGAAUUAGGAGUGGUGUCAGUUAG